GGGGGAGCGCAGCAGGCGGUGUGUUUUGCUGUUGUAGCCGGCAUGGCAUCCCACAGUAACAACUUCAUCCGAUUGCGCCUGUACUUUGACUACCCGCCGCCGGCUGUCGUCGGUUGCCGCAUGUGCUGGCUGCUCGUAGACCUGAACGUAUGCCGCGUGGUGGCCGACCUGGAGAGCGUGAUCAGGGAGAAGUUUGAGUUCAGCCGCGGGAGCAUCCUCAGCCUGUUCAUAGAGGACUGCUACCUGCCGCACACCGAGAGCAUCUAUGUGGUGCGGGACAAUGACAGCGUCAGGGUGAAGGUGGGCUGCCUGGCUCAGUCGAAUGAACUCAGCAGUCCUCCAGAUGCAGCAAGUGAAAACAGCAGAAAGAGACGGCAAACCACAGAAGAGCCUGGGCCAGGAGAAAAUGGAGUGAGCGUAGCAUGGAAGAAGAAGAAGAGGAAAAAAAAUAACGAGGACAGAAUGCCGGAGGGUGCCCUGCUGGUUUCAAGUGAUGACCAGAAUAAGGAAGUACAGGAAAAACACACAAAGAAGAAGAAAAAGAAGGAGGCAAAGGAAAACGGCACUCCUGCAACCCCCAAACCAGCUGAUUCUCCCAAAAAAAUCCCAGCUACCGUCAACCAGCCAAGUAAAAGCACCAAGAAGCCCCCAGCAUCCAAACCAAAACCUCAAAUGACCUCCUCUUCAGAUUCCAGUAGCAGCAGUGAUGAAGAUGUCGUACCCAAAAAAACAACUAAAACACCGACCUGCACUCCUGCUGCCUCCAAGGCACUAUCAAACACAAAACCUGCCCCCAGAAAACCCCACCCUCCGCUGUCAUCCUCCUCAGGAACAGAGUCCUCUGAUAAGGCUGCCAGCCUAAAAAUCCAGCCCAAAAACAAACCUUUAAAAACCACGACUACCAACUCCAAAUCCAAUCAGGCUCCUUCAGACGUGCAGUCCACAAACUGUGAUCAGAAGCAGGCUGCCAGUGAGGCUGAGCCUCCUCAUAACAAAGCAGGGGAACUUCCUGACUCAGACAGUGAAGAGGAGAUCCAGCUGGUUAUACGACGGCCACUGCAGCAGCCCAGCUUUGGCCUAGGUGUUCAGCCCCCCGGGCGAGGUCGCGGCAGAGGGAAAGCCAGACGUGGCGGGGGUCAGGGAGAGAGAGUUACGGGUGACGGUAGAGGAGCCGUCAGAGGGCAGGGUGGCAGCUUUGAGUCUCUCUAUAAUGGAGGCACGGAGCCGUCUUACCAGACUGAUUCGCAGACCAACAUGUCAGUGAUCCUCCAGAAUGAAGCAGAAAGUGUUCCCAAAAAGGACUACAGCUCCAUGCCCCUGUUAGCUGCCCCUCCACAGGUGGGGCAGAGCAUUGCCUUCAAGCUGCUGGAGCUAAGUGAAAACUACACACCAGAGGUAUCUGAAUAUAAGGAGGGAAAGAUUGUGAGCUUUGACCCAGUGACCAGACAGAUUGAACUGGAACUUCUUAAUACUUCUCAAGCUCCUACAGAACCUGGCAAGUUUGACCUCGUCUAUCAAAAUCCAGACGGCUCAGAGAGGGUGGAGUAUGCUGUGUCCAGAGGGUCUUGGGUAACAGAACGGUGGGAGUCUCUGCUGGAGCCCAGACUGAUCAUUUAAACCUGUGACAGUGAAUUUCUACACUCGCCUAGUUUUUUAAGGUGGACUCAUCUUUUUCAGGAUCCAUACAGCUUCAAACAGCUGAUGGUUUUGAUUAUGAUAAUUUAAAUUUCCUUCUCUGUGCUUCUGUAUAAGCACUGUUUUUUUAACAGUUACAUUUAACUGGAGUUUAGAUGUGAAAUGCUGUUUAUGCUUAAAUCAGUUGAUGGGAUGAGUGACUGUUUUGAGCUCUGGGACAUAAUGGUUUUAUUUUUGUACAAUGAUAUGACUGAUACGUCUUGUAUAAACUGUUUUUCCAAUAAAACACUGCAUUC